AGAAAAAAAAAAAAAAAACUGGUGAACAGUAACAACAAUCAUUCACAAACCCCUAUCCACAGCCACGCUGCACAGGAAUAACACUGAAAAAUAGCAAAGGCGGCGAUGAGUUCAUCGGAGGAAUUCUCAGUGGUGGUCUUAGCAUCGGAUCUCGCCGUCGAUGCCCGACCUUUCCUUCUCCAUGAGCAGCAAGAAGAAGAAGAGAAUUGGCACGAUUGUUCUCAGUACCUCUCCCCCGACGAAGACUUCUCCGAUCUCGAAUUCUUACAGUUCUUCACUCUCCAAGGAACUGAUAAAAAUGGCACUCGCAUUCUCCGCAUCAUUGGAAAGCACUAUCCCGCAACAGUUGUGAGUGCAGAGCGGCUGAAGAGGUAUGUGUUUCACAAAUUAUUCAGUGAGUUACCAGAUGGGCCAUUUUGCAUUGUUUACUUGCACAGCACUGUUACGAAUGAGGAUAAUUCUCCUGGGAUGACAAUCUUGAGGUGGAUUUAUGAAGAUCUUCCUGAUGAAUUUAAGGACAGGCUUCAAACUUUGUACUUCAUCCACCCUGGGCUUCGUUCCAGGCUUGUCAUGGCUACUCUUGGCAGGUUUUUCUUGAGUGGAGGAUUAUAUUGGAAGAUCAAGUAUGUAAGCCGCCUUCAGUACCUUUGGGAUGAUAUAAAGAAAGGAGAGAUUGAGAUACCAGAAUUUGUACAAAAGCAUGAUGAUAUUUUGGAGAACAGGCCACUCACUGAUUAUGGAAUUGAACCUGACCCCUUUCACUUGACUGGGAUGCCUUCAGUUGCAUACUCAUUUGGAAAAUAUGAAGAGAGAUGGGCAGGAAGGGAUCAUAUCUCUGAGUAUGAAUAUCACUGAAACAUAUCUUGAGUGCCAUGUCUGUACAGAAUAGCUAAAAUGUCAUGUAUUUGUAUUGCAUUCACUUAUUGCAAGAUUCUCUAUCUGUUGAACUAAAAACUUCCCUGUAAGUGACCACAUGUUAUGAGAAAUUGUAUAAGAAAACCCACUUGGGUUGGCCUGGUGGUGUUGGCUUGGAACCUUCGAGUGUGCUUCUCUCAAGGUUUUAGGUUUGAUUCUUUCCAGUGCCAAUUUUAGUGGGCUAGUUUGGCUUCUUCGGAAGAAAAAAAUUAUAUAAUAAUAUUAAUCUAUGAAAGUUCAGAAUGUAAGCUUUCAUUUGACAAUACAUCUUUGAAUAUUCCUUGUUUAUG